AUGUCCCUUAAAAUCUUCCAUACGGGUGUCACCGGUUACAUCGGCGGCGAUGCCUUCUACGCCCUUUACGAGAAGCAUCCAGAGUACGAGUACUCCCUCCUCGUGCGUAACGAGGAGCGUGCCGAUCCCGUGAGGCAGACGUACCCCAAGGUCCGUCUGGUGAUCGGGUCCCUGGACGACGCGGACGUAAUCGAAAAGGAAGCCGCGGCUGCCGAUGUUGUUGUCCACACCGCCGAUUCCGCGGACGAUGAGCCCUCGGCGAAAGCCAUCGCGAAAGGCCUGGCCGCGGGCCACUCGCCUGACAAACCCGGCUACUGGAUUCACGUAUCAGGUACCGGCAUGCUGCAAUGGUACGACGACAAGCACAAGCGCUACGGCGAGGCCCCCCUCCCGGAACAGGAAUACCACGAUAUCCGCGACAUUGACCGUAUCCUCAACUUCCCAGACGAGGCCCUUCACCGCAACGUCGACAAGAUUGUGCUCGCCGCGAACUCCCCUGCCGUGCGUAUCGCCGUCGUCGCCCCGCCUACCAUCUACGGCUCCGGCCGCGGCCCGAUAAACCGGCGCUCGAUCCAGGUGCCGGCGCUCGCGCAGGCCACCCUCGAGAAGGGCUUCGCGCCCAUCAUCUCACCGGGCAAGACGGAGUGGGACAACGUCCACGUGCACGACCUCGCGCGGUUCUUCGUGACACUCGUCGAGGCCACCCAGGACGGGUCCAAGAACGCCGACCCGGAGAUCUUUGGGCCUCGGGCGUACUACUUCGUCGAGAGCGGCACGCACGUCUGGAGCGAGAUCGCUAAGCAGAUCGCCGAGGAGGCCCACAGACAGGGGUAUCUGCCCGCGCCGCUGACCAAGGAGGUGACCAUGAAGGAGGCGCUGCAGUGCGACGGGGUCUCCAACAAUAGCUGGGGGCUGAACUCGAAGAGCAAGGCGGAGCGAGCGCGCAAGUACUUUGGGUGGGAUGCCAAGGAGAAGAGUCUGCAGGAGGACAUCCCCGAGCUCGUGUCUUUGGAGGCAAAGAGAUUGAACAUGGAGCCGCACAAGAAGUAG